UUUGUUUUUGUCAUCAAGAUGCAGGCACAGGUGGCGUGUAUGCUUCUCCUCUGUUUCACAUGUGGUGGACUUUGUACAGACAUCGACCAGGAUCAGCGAACGCUGGAAGAAGAGCUCCUCAGCAGUCUCGUCACUUCUAAGAUGAAACAGAAUAAGCAGAGUGCCCCCUACUGGCAUGUGUCACUGGCCAACCUCUGCAGGAUAUUGAGCAGUCUGCGGCAGGAGGCAUGGAGUGGCGAGGAGGAGGAGGAGGGCAGCGAGCUGAGGGAGGGGAGCCUCCAGCUGUUGGAAGAGCUGUACAACCUGCAACUCAUCUGCCGAGCACUGCAGAGCCGGGAGGAGAGGCUACUCCACAACUCUCAAGAAUAUUUAGAGGAGAACAGUGACACUCCACUGAAGCGAAAAUCACCCUACAUCCUUAAGAGGCAAGUGGCGCACACCACCAAGUCCCGGAGGCCGUACAUCUUAAAACGAAGUGCAAUUUACUGACAACCAUCCCAGAGGUCGAGGUGACGUUUUAGGGGACGAGACACCAUACUUUCUGUGAAGAUGUGAUUGUGGAUUUUUUUCUCUCUCUUUGUAGCUGCAAUGUCUGUUUCUUUUCCCGUUGCUGUUUUGAUCCAGUCAGACCCACCAAUUGUA